CAAUAUUAAUCUUUCUUUAUGGUAAUUUGAGGCCAGGUGUUAUCGCCUUUUGUGAGUGGGAUGAUAUUUCGUAAGAAAUCAUAUAAGGAAUGUACCUGCUCUCCACGGCGUCAGUGCUAGUCGGUGGGAGCUUCUUGUUCGUAUGACAUAUCUUCCACGCGAGCAAAUAUAUCGUGAAUUUCCCUUGCGUGUCGCAUUCUUCGAUGGUACAAGAAAAUGAUUAGCUGUUCUUGAGAUCCGAUACUUUCCUGCGCAGAUGGCAAAGUUCAAUUGGCAUUUGUUGGUCUUACUUAUUUUUUCGAUUCAUCCUCGACCAUCGUGGUCAUCAAAGAUUAACGUUACCAUUCCUAUACUCGCUCCAUUGAUGAACAGAGACUCUGAUCGCUUUGGUUAUGGUGUUGCGUCCAUGUAUGCGAUAGAUUUGAUCAACAAAAGAAACGACAUACUCAAAGAUUACCACCUUGUUCCUAAGAUCUAUGAUACUGUUACAAGUGUUAAGGCAACAUUGCACAUGAUGCCUCAAGUUAUUGGUCUUUGUAAAGAGCCCUUCUCUCCGCCACCCGUGAUCAUUGGUCCAAGUUACUCCACAACCACAAUCGCCUCGUACAACUCAAUCGCACUAGAUUACAUUCUACAAUACACCUACGGUUCUACUUCGCCAGAACUCAAUUCCUUCCACAAAUUUAAAUAUCUCGUGCGAAUGUAUCCAGGAACGACGUUGUUCAGUCAAGGUCAUCUGGCAAUCUUAAAAGAAUUUGAAUGGAGGAGAGUUGGAAUAUUUUUUGAUCAUCACGAACUAGAGGGGCUGUUUAAUAAGAUCACCAAUGAUCUAAUAGAGACUUUGAAACAGUCAGAAGAAGGAAUUUCUGUUGUGGGUGUUGAAAGUGCUGCUGCCGGCACGGGUACUCUUUCAACUCCAGAUGAAGAAAUCAAGAACAGACUUGCAAGACUUAAGGCAGCUGAUGCGAAGAUUAUUUUCGCUCAAUUCACGCACGUUCGAGCCUUUCGAGUAUUUUGUCAGGCGUAUAAACUUGGCAUGUUUGGCAGAGACUACGUCUGGAUCAUUAAUGCGCGCGCGGAGUCCGUGAAGAAAUGGCUAACGGCAACUGACACGAACUACCUAAAAGACAACGAAUGUGGAGAAGCGGAAUACCGAAAGAUUAGCGAGAGGAUGUUAUUCUUUAAUUACAAGAACUUACGCGAGGACAAUAUGACUACUUUUUCUGGCCUGACUGUACAGGAAUACAGCGACUAUAUGAGAGCACAUCGUCUACAUGGAAAGCAUCGUAAUGACGCGAAUUUUCACAACUCGACUUAUCAUUCGUUCAUCUUUGAUUCUCUGUGGAAUAUGGCUUUAACUUUGAAUGCAUCUCUGCCUUUUUUGAAACGAUUCAACUUCACUUUGGACCGAAUGCCCAGUAGAAAUGUGACGAUAACCGAUAAAUUACUCGAAAUUGCUCACGGCAUCGUUUUCGAGGGAAUGACAGGUACAGUUAAGCUUGAUCAAGAGCGAGGACGAAUAGGACCGUUGGGGUUGUUUCAACUGAGAGAUACGCUACCAGUUGAAGUUGGAGUGUAUUAUGGUAUAAAAAACAAGUUAAGGUUGUUUAAAGAUAACAACUUCUUGUGGAUAGAUGGUCAAGUACCGAGCGACACGUCUCGUAAGAAAAGAGUCAUACGUAAUGUUCAACUUCCUUUGUUUCUUCCGUUUUGUACCGUGGCUGGUCUGGGAAUUGUCUUGGCCAUAGCUGUUCUUGUGUUUAAUAUCUACCACAGAAAUAUAAGUUACAUCCGAAGAUCGGCUCCACUGUUUAAUAACAUGAUCAUCGUCGGUGUAAUGAUGUGUCUAUCGACAGUCGCUUUCUUUGGUUUUCCUGUGGAACUCGACGACACUUCAACGUUUCUUUUAAUGUGCAGGCUGCGUACGUGGGUUCUUUGUCUCGGUUUUUCACUCGGUUUUGGCUCGAUGUUCGUCAAGACGUGGAGAGUAUACAAGAUAUUUACCAACAGGAGACUCAAAUACUCUAUUGAACGUUUGAGCAACCCAAGUUUAAUAGCAAUGGUCGUCGGCAUUGUUGUCGUUGAUGCUUGUGUGCUGCUUCUCUGGGAACUUAUCAAUCCUAUGCACGUGAAAGUCAACACGCUAAUAAGUGAGGUUGACUCCAACGAUCCCAAUUUAAAGCUGAUACCUGUCAUCUACUCGUGCGACUCAGCCAAUCAGGACAAGUGGAUAACAACAGUCUACGUCGUGAAGGGAAUCCUUCUUUUCUACGGGUUAUUCCUUGCGUACGAAACAAGGAAUGUUCAUUACGAACACUUGAACGAUUCCCGGAUGAUCGGAGUUAGUGUAUACAACUGCGUGGUAAUGAGUCUCCUUGGUGGAAUAUCGAGGAUCGUCCUGAGCCUGAAUUUCUACGAAUUGAGCUAUGGAAUUACGGUGACGUGCAUUAUAUUUCCUUCGCUUGGCACCCUUUUCUUGAUAUUUUUACCCAAGGGUAAGGAAUUUAUUCUCGGCAUUGAUUCCACACCAAAUGGAUACUUAAGGGUGGUAAGAUUUAUGAAACACGAUCAUCUUUCUGAAAAUGAAACGAGCGAUGGUGUUGUGAUAGAAGGGCCUGGGGCGAGAAAAAACCAUUUACGCAACGACAGCGUUUGUAGUGAAGGAGUGACGUCAGUGACCAGUGUCAAUGGUAGCAUCCCGUCUUCCAACAGUCGCAUAAUGCCUAUAUAUGAAGAGGCUUCUCAAGUGAAAACUUCAACGGAAGCUAGCAGCGAAUCGCCAGCCUGAUGAUUGAUCUUUAAUAAUAAAAUCAUGUGUCCGGAAUUUCGAUCAUGGUCAAGAGACCAAAGACUUAAAAGUGUGUUGACGCUAUCGAAUGCCAAGAUAAAGAAACGGACGCAAUUCGUUGCUGGUUGAUGGAUCUUUGGAUGCUCACCUCAGCGCAAUUGGAAAGAAUAUCUUGGAAUUACGGGUAUUUCUCAUUAGUCGUUAGCGAAUUGUUGUAAAAUAUGUUAAAUAUAGCAGUGUGAAUUGUA